GACUUGAAAAUCAAUAACCGUUAGAGACGGUUUUUAAACCGCUUCUACACCCGCCAAAUGCUUCCCUUUUUCAUUUACUAUAGUUUCAGCAGCACAACACAAUCAAUCACCAACAAUGAGAGACCACAUAGAAAUCCCUAAAUUUAUUCAAAUUUCAUGUGUUUUCUUCUGCUUUCUUAAUCUUUUGUGUCCAGAAGGAGUUUUUGCACUUCAAAUUCUGUCGAAAUCAAAGCUUGAAAAAUGUGAAAAGCGUUCGCAAUCAGAUGAUCUCAAUUGCACCACCAAGAUUGUCCUUAACAUGGCAGUUCCUAGCGGCUCGAGUGGAGGAGAAGCCUCCAUUGUAGCUGAAAUCGUGGAGGUGGAAGAGGAGAAUUCGACUCAACAGAUGCGAACACUGAGAAUACCACCUGUUUUGACAGUCAACAAAUCUGCUGCAUAUGCACUCUAUGAGCUUACAUAUAUACGAGAUGUUCCCUACAAACCCCAAGAGUUCUAUGUAAAAACUCGAAAAUGUCAGCCAGAUGCUGGAGCAAAUGUUGUCCACAUGUGUGAGAGGUUGCGAGAUGAGAAUGGUCACAUUAUUGAGCAUAGUCAGCCAAUUUGUUGUCCUUGUGGACCUAGGAGGCGAGUACCGUCCUCAUGCGGAACUGUCUUGAACAAGGUGUUGAAAGGAAAGGCUAAUACUGCACACUGUCUCCGAUUUCCAGGUGAUUGGUUCCAUGUUUUUGCCAUUGGGCAGCGAUCAAUAGGAUUUUCUGUUCAAAUUGAGGUGAAGACUGGGUCUAAAUCGUCGGAAGUGAUUGUGAGUCCUUCAAAUAGAACAGCAAUGUCCAAGGACAAUUUUUUAAGGGUUAAUCUCAUUGGAGAUUUCGUUGGAUACACAAAUAUCCCGUCAUAUGAGGAGUUCUACCUUGUUAUUCCAAGGCAGGAUCACCCUGGUCAACCCCAAGACUUAGGGAGGAACUUUUCAAUGUGGAUGUUGCUUGAGAGAACGAGGUUUACUUUAGAUGGCUUUGAUUGUGACAAAAUUGGUGUCAGUUAUGAGGCUUUCAAAGCGCAGCCAAGUUUCUGCUCUUCACCAUUUUGGUCUUGCUUGCACAACCAAUUGUGGAACUACCGGGAAGCUGAUCGAAAUCGCAUGGAUAGGAAUCAGCCUCCAUUAUAUAUGGUGGAAGGAAGGCAUGAAAGGAUAAACCAACAUCCAAAUGCAGGGUCUCAUUCAUUUUCUAUUGGAGUCACUGAAGUUCUUAAUACAAAUAUCUUGUUAGAACUUAGUGCUGACGAUAUAGAAUAUGUGUACCAAAGGAGUCCAGGAAAAAUAAUAACCAUCACUAUUCCAUCCUUUGAAGCCCUUACUCAAUUUGGAAUUGCUACAAUCACAACUCAGAAUACUGGCGACGUGGAAGCAUCAUAUAGCUUAACAUUCGAUUGCUCAAAAGGAAUCACCCUUAUGGAGGAACAGUACUUCAUAAUGACACCUAAACAAACCUCAAAUCGAUCAUUCAAACUCUAUCCAACAAAUGAUCAAGCAGCAAAAUAUACAUGUUCAGCUAUAUUAAAGGAUUCCGAUUUCAGUGAAGUUGAUAGAGCUGAGUGCCAAUUUAGCACCAUGGCUACUGUCCUUGAUAAUGGUUCACAGACUCCUUUUGAACCUCCAGAGACCAGUAUAACUGGAUUCUUUGAGUCCAUUACAAGCAUCGGUAAGAAUCUUUGGGCAGGUUUCAUUGAAUUCAUCACUGGAAAAACGUGCAGAAGGAAAUGUGCUGGUUUCUUCGAUUUCAGCUGCCAUAUACAGUAUAUAUGCAUGAGUUGGAUAGUUAUGUUUGGUCUAGUAUUGGCUAUUUUUCCAACAGUGCUUGUGCUUCUGUGGCUUUUACACCAGAAAGGACUGUUUGAUCCAAUUUAUGACUGGUGGGAAGACAAUUCUUGGACUGAAAAUCAGAGAAUCAGGGAUUCAAGGAGACACAAUAUUGAUUUUGACCAUCCUCACAUGCAUGUUAAAAAACAUCGCAGGCAUGAGGGCAGGCACCACAAGCAUGAUGCACAUCAUAGGCGUAGUAGUAUGCACCAUGAUCACAAACAUGACCAGUUGGAAAGGAACAGUGACUAUUAUUAUUAUCUUCAUCAUGUUCACAAAGAUAAGCAUAAACAUGGGCACCGUAAGAAAUCAAGCAUCAUGCAGGAAGCACGCUAUGACAGAAGGGAGAAUGACCAUAUCAGGCACCAUAGACACAGGAAGGAAAGAGAUUCUUACUGAGGACAAUAAAAGAUCAGCAGCAUACGUUGAGAAAGAGAGGCAAAAGGACUUGAGCAUAAGCUAACUAUACAGUAUGCGCAGAGAAUAAUGAAACUGAAACUUGGAUUAUCUGUUAUGUCAAACCUGCAUUAUUAUUA